AUGGCCGAUCUCGUCGCCAACGCCGUCAACGCGCUGGUCCGGGCCGCCCUGCGCGGCAAGGGCCCAGGCCACCGGCUGCAGUUCGAGGACGUGCGCCAGGCGUGCCUUGGCGCCAAGGAGCUGUGCUUCCUGCACCCCCUGAGCCACACUCUGGACGCGUCUACCUUCACAACCCGCAGCGCGGCCGCGGACCUGGACGUCGACGAAGCCGGCCAUGUCGCCAAGCAGCGGGCCAGGCUGCCCGCCCCCGGCCAGCGCGUGCUCGGCGCCGCCCUCUUCGCGACGGCGGCCGCGCCUGGCGCUGGCGCCGGCGAGGCGUGCGAGGAGGACGCCGGAGCCGCUGGCGCUGGCGGCGGCGACGCCAGCGACAGCGGGAUGGCGGAGCCCGGCGACGCCCGGCCGCCGGACACCGACUCGGGCGGCGAGCGCACGCCCACCCCGAGGCAGAAGGUGCCGGGGGGGCGGCCCCCCGCCCCCGUGCGGGGGGGGCCGGGCCAGAAGCGGCGGGCGCCGGCGUCGGCGCAGAAGCAGAGGGCCCCGCGGAAGGCGCCGCGCGGGAGCGGCGCAGCGGCGGGGGGCCUCGGGGACUUCUUCCGCGCGGGCGCCUGA